AUGGAGCUGGGGCCGAUCUCAGCAUCACAUCCUUCCAUCUACCCAUGCCGCGCCCAGCCACUGGAGAAGGCUAGGCGUACUGCUGGUGCCGCUGGUGCGGCUGGUGCCGCUUGUGCCAGGCAAGCUGGAAUCGCAACACUUGGUGGUUCCUCGUUUCUCUUGUUUGGUGCCCGGCCCCGGCGACCGAGCCGGCGCUGGGCCAAGGGCAAAGACGGCCCCACGGUGGUGGAGGAUGGGACGCUGAUGGGGGACAGGCCCAAAGUGAGAUAUAUCUGGCAAGUGCCCCAAGCGGCUGCACCUGAGAUCGUGCUCUCUGGCCGCUCUAAUGCUGGAAAGAGCACUCUGUUGAAUGAAAUCCUUGGUGCGAAUGGCCUGAAGAAAGCCGCUCCGACAUCCGUCAAGGGUGGGCGAACUCGAACCCUCAACUGGUAUCCCAUCGGCUUUGAUGAGCCUAUCGGAUGCUGCUUGGUGGAUUGCUUCGGUUUGGGUCCCGUGGACUUCUCCCUUACUGCGCGGCGCCUGCAAACCUGGGGCCCUGUGCUACAGAAGUUCAUCAGCGAGCGCCGGGCCAUCAGCAUGGUGUGUCACUUGAUCAGCUGCGAGCAGAAGGGCCGACUCUCCGAAGGGGAUGAGCAGUUGGUGGAAAUCUUUCAAAGAUGUGAUGCUGAGAGGGCGAGAUGUGGCAUGAUGCCCUUUCGCUACGUGGUAGUCUUGACAAAGACGGACCUUUGCAAGCCAGAGCGGGCUGACAGAUUUCGUGCGCGGUUGGAUCGACGGCUGACGGAAAUGGGCCAAGAGGUUUACAGGAUUGUGUCCUGCACGUCGAUGACUGAAGAUGGAUCUGGGAUACAGGAGGUGCAACGGUUGAUUGACGAAGCAAAACAAGAAGGCUGGGAAGGCUUGCAGGACUGGCUAUCAGAUGCCUUCCAGGCGCCCAAACCCCCCGGUGGCGGAAAAACCACCACCGAGCGGCGACAGAUCCGACAGCGCUACGUGCAGAGCGCCAAGCAAUCGGCGCAGAAGCCGUCCAAGGGCGGGCCGGGCGCCACCACAGUGCUGCCGCCGUCCGUGUGA